AUGAUUUGCCAAGAUUUAGUGAGACAUUAUGGUAGGAAGAGUGCGCGUCCUGCUUGUUUGAUGAAAAUUGAUCUUCAAAAGGCUUAUGAUACCCUUGACUGGGACUUUUUACAAGAAAUGUUAAUGGCGCUUAAAUUUCCCAGCAAGUUUAUAGAGCUAAUCAUGGCUUGUGUGACAACUCCUCGGUUUUCCUUCAUGAUAAAUGGAUCCAUUAAUGGUUAUUUGUCUUCUAAGAGGGGGUUACGUCAAGGGGAUCCAAUGUCUCCUCUGAUUUUUGUUAUUGGGAUGGAGUAUCUUUCAAGAAUCCUUGUCAAAGUGACUGAGCAUCAGAGAUUUAAGUUCCACCCAAGAUGUGAGGGGUUGAGACUUACUCACCUUUGUUUUGCUGAUGAUCUGUUAUUGUUCAGCAAAGGAGAUUUUGAUUCAGCUCUUUUACUGUUAAAAGGUUUUCAACUUUUUUCAGAUAGCUCUGGGCUUAUUGCAAACAAAGGUAAAUCAGCUAUAUAUGGAGCAAUGAUGCAAGAGGAGACUUGGGUUAGAUUGACUGGAAUAACUGGGUUCAAAAGAGGUCUCUUACCUUUUAAUUAUUUGGGAAUGAAGAUCAGCAACAAGCGUAUCACAAAGGCGGAUUGUGAAUGCUUGGUGGACAAAAUGAUGCUAAGAAUUCGCACUUGGAGCACUCGAAACCUUUCGUUUGCUCGCAGGUGUGUUUUAAUUAACUCAGUCCUUUUUUCUAUUAAUACCUACUGGUCUUUAAUAGUUAUUCUUUCGAAGGCUAUUGUGAAAAGAAUAAAUCAGCUUUGCCGUGCUUUCCUUUGGAAAGGUAGAGCUGAUUAUGAUGGGCCUGGUCAAGUGGCUUGGGAGGAGACUUGUAAGCCUAAAAAGAAUGGAGGUCUUGGCUUUAGAGAUGUUGGUUUAUGGAAUAAGUGUGCAGUUGGUAAAUUUGUUUGGGCGAUUGAAAAAAAAGAAGAUAACUUGUGGGUCAAAUGGAUUCAUAAUGUGUAUUUGAAAGAGAAGGAGUGGUGGAGCUAUAUGCCUCCCCCUACAAGCAGCUGGUAUUGGUCUAAAGUAGUUAGAAUCAAAGAGGAAUUUCGAGCAGGUUUGGUUGCAGCUGAAUUCCGAAAGAAUACCUUUAGUAUAGCUGCCUUGUAUAGUAGAUUGAAGAGCUUGAAUGAGACCAGAUGGAACUUCACUCUUAUAUGGGAUAGGAUGAGUAGUCCCAAGCAUAAGUUCAUAGCUUGGCUUGCUCUCAAGAAGAGAUUACAAACCAAAGACAGAUUGCGUCGUUUUGGUUUCAAUAUUGAUACUUGCUGUGUGUUGUGUGGGCAGGUUACUGAAUCUCAUGAGCACUUGUUUUAUGGCUGUGCCUUUAGUACUAGGUGCAUUCAUGAGGUGUUGAAUUGGCUGGGUAUUGGGAAUAAUUUGUGCCAGCUUAGGGGAAUAGUGAACUGGGUUAGGCGUUGUGGUCAUUCCAAAUGUCGAAGGCGGAUGUACUUAUGUCCGAUAAAUGCAAGUGUGUAUCAUAUUUGGUGCUCAAGGAAUGAUGCUUUAUGGAACUCUAAAUCUCCAAUAGUCACAAAUGUAAUUAGAACUUUAAAAAGAGAAAUCUGUAGUAGAUUUACUUUCAUAGAUACAAAAGGAAUUAGCAAAAAGGAUAUAGAUUGGGUGGGGCAAUUACUUUGUAAUUAA